GCUUCCUGUUGUCUCUUUGUUGUUGUUUCAAGAGAGAGAGAGAGUGGCAGAUGAACUGAUAGAGAACUUUCAAAGCUCUUUUUCUUCAACACCCCAUUACUCAACUACCAUCUCUCUCAAACUCCAACUCCAAUUCUUUUUUUAUUAUAAAAUUUUCAAAUACCCUCCUCCUACUCCCUCAUCUCCCACCACAUACUCUCUCUUUCUGUCUGUUUCAUCAUGCGAUCCGAGGGCAGCCCUUUAGACCUCAACAACUUACCUGAAGAUUAUAUCAGAGAUGGGAAACAGAUUAUUGAAGAUAGCUCAACUGGUCAUCGGAAAAAGAAAAGUGGGUUGAAAGAGGGAAAAGAGGAGGCCGGAAAAGUGUAUGAAUGCAGGUUUUGUUCACUCAAGUUUUGCAAAUCUCAGGCUCUUGGUGGCCACAUGAACCGCCACCGCCAAGAGAGAGAGACAGAGACACUGAAUCGAGCUCGUCAGCUUGUUUUCAGUAACGAUAACCUCGCCGCCCAACCACCUCCUCCUCCUCAUUUAGGGUGCUGCCAUUCAAUGGCACCGGCAAACUACCACACCGCGGGCGGCGGUGGCAGCGGCGUAGGAAGUGAUUCAACGCUGCCUCUUAGGUUCCCAACGAGAAUGUUUUCUGGGUCCUCACCGAGCAGCCUUUUGCCGCAGCCGCCGCCACCACCACUACCUCCGUCGCACCAGCCAUAUCUAUACAGCUCGCCGUCACGGCCUUCGAGUUUCCCUUCCUACUAUCCUCCUCCACAAGCCUCCAUCAAUGACUACUACGUGGGGCAUGUCUUGGGGAACCCUUCACAGUGCAGCCAUCAGACAGUGAACUACGGUUCCAGCUCUGUGGAGCCGAAUAGCUACGCUUGCGUCGGAGCUCCGGUAGGGCAUGGGGCGGCGUUCGGUGGACGAGAUGGCGGUGGCAGUGGCGGUAGAGACGGAUCACAGCAGCAACAGCAGCAGCAGCAGCGUUUGGACGUUCCUUCUUCGAUCAAUCGGUUUCAAGAUGGAUUCUAAAAAGAAGAUUAGAAUAUUUUUUUUGUUUUGAAAUUUUUCGAAGUAAUGUAAUCGAAAUUCUGCAAUGACACGCCACCCAGAGAAAGAGAGAGAGACAUAACAAGCUGACAAAUGGGGUCAUAAAUCAUAAUACAAGGGAAAAGGGGGGGAAAAGAGGAGGGUUCUUGUUUUGUUUUUUCUUUUUUUUUUUUCCUUUAAAUUUGAUGUGUUUAAUUUGAAACAGCUUUUGAGCUCAGAAACAAGCUCAGCUAGUUUG